AUGGUUCUAAUGACUAUGAUCGCGAGGGUUGUAGACGGCCUCCCUCUGGCCGCUACUAUGCAAGAAGAUGAACAGAGUGGGUGCAAUGUUCUGGAGUACCAAAAUCAGGCUAAAAUGCUGUUUAGAAAAUUAGGCCCUCAGUCGCCGACGCGGUGCUCCAUCGAAACUGGGCCCUAUCUCUUCCACUAUCUAAUUGAACAAGAGAUCUGCUACCUAGUGCUGUGUGAGCGGAAUUACAGCAAAAGACUCGCCUUCAGCUAUUUAGAAGAAAUAGCUCAGGAGUUUUAUCAACAAUACGGGAAGAGGGUGAACACUGUAACCCGUCCGUACACGUUCAUAGAGUUCGACACGUGGAUGCAGCGCGUGCGGCGGCAGUACGCGGAGGGGGGCGCCCGCGCGCGCCGAGCUGGCGCCGCCUCGCAGCUCCCCGGCCAGCUCGGGGACGUGCAGCGCAUCAUGCUGCAGAACAUCGACGACGUGUUGCAGCGCGGAGCUAUCCUCUCUGAGCUCGACACAAAAACUCAGAACCUGUCGAUGCUGACGCAAAAGUACAAGAAGGAUGCGACAUACCUCAACACCAAGUCAAUGCUCGUGAAGGUGACAGCAGGAGCUGUCAUACUCUUGGUUGUCGUACUUUAUUUCUGGGUACUUUAA